AUGAAAGAUAUAACAGGUACUUCAACAGCACACAUACAACCUAAUUGUGUAAAAAAAGAUCAAAGAUUUGGAACCUUGUCAGGAGCAUUAAAAGAGAAUCAAAAAUAUAAAAAAAAAGAAAGUAGAAAACAAAUAGCACCUUAUGUUCUAGAGUUGUUAAAAACUAUGUUUAUAGCAGACCAAGAAGAUUAUAGUCAGCAAAAUUCUGUAAAAGAAAUAUUUGAUGAAUUAAUACAAAUGGCCAAAGAGAGUAUGCUUAGUCCUGAAGAAAUUUCAUCAAAACAAACUAUUCAAUCUUGGAUAGGAUAA